ACCAAAAAGAAAAAAAAAAAAAAAUUUACAAAUCGGUGUACCACCAGUGAUCAAAUUUUCAUACUCCAGAUUGUAAAAGAAAAUGGAGCAGCAAGAUGAAGAGGAAGAGCAGCUAUCAGAAGAAGGUUCAAGAGAAUGGGAGCCAAUUCACUACCUUCAUCAUCCUCCUCCUCUUCUCCACUCAUCAUCAAAUACCCUCCAUCGAUCACUCUCAGAUUCUCAAACCCAAUUCAGAGAAUGGUCAAUGGUAGCUUUCAGAGACGCCCACUUCGACUCCAAUCACGAUCAUUCCAUCGUCUUCCCUCCGAUCAACCACGAAGGCCUCCACAUAACUUCCUCACCCUCCGAUGAUCAACACCAAGACCUUAAACCAUCAAAUUCACCGCCAGAUGAUAAUGGGUUGGUCCCACUAUCGCCGCCGCAGACGGCGGGGGUCGGCGGUGAGGCUGUGGCGAGGUGGGUGGGUUUUGGGUUUGAGCUCUUGCGGUCUAAGGUUUCGGGAAUUGCGUCCUCAGUCCGAAAUUUUGUUGGUUUUGGAGGGACAAAUUGGUCAUAUAGUUUAGGGGCAAAUAGGUCAUUUAGUUCUACCAUCGGAGUGGCUGCGGCGCUGCUGGUUUGGUGCUUAUUGGUGGCGGUCCGGCGGCGGAGACGGCGUGUGUUGGUUCGGAAAGAGAGUAGGGAUCAUUUGAUUCUUCUUAUUAAGGAGAAAGAUGAGAAAAUUAAUCACCUCUUGCAACAAAUUGCCCAAAUGAAUCAAGUACUGCUAUCCCUUCAUAGAGAUUCUUUGUCUGGAACUGGUGGAUCAACCAAGUAAGAAGCAAGUUUGCUGUCAUGGUUUGGUUUUAAUAAUCCUUCAAUUUUUUUUGCUCCUACUCUGAAACUAUGUGUUGUUUUAGAUGUGAGCAUGCUAUUUAUUUACCUUAGCAAAAUUUAUCAUGUAGAAUUGCAGUAGUUGAAUUCUUCGGAUAUUUUUUUUUCAACACUUUUUCAUGUUUUUGUACCUUGAAAAUAUCCGAAGAAUUGCUUGUUGAAAAACUUUCAUGAUCUGUUUCAUGGAAAAUUUUUAAAGUAUUUGCCGGACCUUCAGUUUACCAAAUAGAUCAUGUCCAUGUAAAGUAGGUUUUCUAGAGAAAAUACCUUUUGUCCAGAUGGUGCUUUAUUGAAAGGUUUUUUUGUAUUU